AUGUUCUAUGCUAAGCCGUGGAAAAAGUUAUCCCAAGCAGAUAUAUACCAACUGAGCCCCUCUGAUUCUGGAGUCAUCAUUAAUGGAGGUUCUGAAAAUUCACCAAUCAAGCAGAGAGCCAACCCUACUUACUCCAGUCACAAUGGGAUUUCCUCAUCUUCUGCAGGGACCGGACAAUAUAAUCCCCAAAAUGGCUUGACUGGAAACAUUUCCUUGAAGACAACUGCUAACGGACCUGGUACCAGUGGUAUAACUGAUCAAAGUCAAAGUCUUUUCAGCCACCAAUUUAUGCGAGUUCCCAAAAGAAGCUUAAGUGAUCCUGUUUGGCAAUACGAUCCAGUCAGGGACAGCCAGAACAAUCAGGUGGUGUCACAAACUUUCCAAGAGUAUGAUAUGUGGAACUGGAAUGGGUUCAACUUGGCUAAGAUGAUUGAAGAGGGGCUGUGCAAGGAGGACAAUAACGAGCCAGCUAAAACUUCAUCCACCCCAACCAACCCUGGAAUUAACUGCAAGGUGGGAUUGCCGGGAUGUGAUUGCAAACUCUCCAAAAACUAGUUGUCUAGUGUAAUGGUGGGCAAAGGGAAAUUGUGCAAGUGCUAUUGAGCCAAAGACAGUGUUACUUUGCAACAACACAUUCUUUCGCAACACAUCAUUGCUACUUCGCUUCACAUCAUUAUUACUUUGUUUUCAUCUUUCAACUUCUUCUUUAGCAUGUUGAAUGCAUUUGUUAUCACUUACUUUAUCAAUUUUUCACUAUAUUCAUUAUUGCUUCAGCAUUUUAACAUGUAUCACUAAUUGCACACGGUAUUAUCAAAUUUGAUUAAUUGAAUUGAUUAAUUGGCUCAGCACUUUUUAUGUAUUUUUAUUUGAAUUAUUGAAUAAUUCUAAGCAUCUUAAUUGGAUUGAUAAAACGGUAUACAUUUUAGUUGCUUCUUUUUGUGUGUGUUAGCAUUAGCUAAUUUGAUACAAUGGUUUAACAUGUGAAACCUCGAUAACAAGUUCCUCAUCUAUCAAAUAAGAUUUGUAAUCGAGGCUGGAUUACUUUAGAGGUUGCGAUGAUAUGAGAUUAUGGGGUGACAUAAAAUCAACUGAAUUUGAAAAUAUACAUUAAUUGGCUAUCAAGGGGGGGACAAUAACUUGAUGUUAUCGAGGUUCUACUGCAUUUUCUUUUCAUAUUGUAAUUAAAUUGUUCGGCAGUUGCGAACAAAUUUUCUUUACAUUUGUUUUAAUUUCAUGUACUUUGUUUCUUGACUUUGUCUAUCUUUUUAUCUUUGUAUUCUCUCUUAAAAUAUUUUGUGUGCAUUCACAUUUAUGUCUUUUCUUUCAUAUACAUUUUAGGCUACAAUACUGUAUCUCUAAUUUGUA